UAAGUUUUUGUGAAUACUAGUGCGCAUGUGUUCGUAAAAGCAUAUGGAAUGCGUCAUUGACGGUCAUUUCUUUGUUUUCGCUUCUUGGUUUCAUACUUAUAUUUCAGUGUGUACAAGAAAUUAAUAUCGUAAGGAGAGAAAGAAAAUUAUAAAGUAAUUUCUAUUAUAAAAAAAAAAGAAAAAUGGAAACUGACGCUCGUCCACCACAAAAAUUAUCAAGCACCGGAAAUUUGGCUACCAAUUGGAAAAGAUGGAGAAAAGAAUUUAACACAUAUAUGAUCAUCACUAAGGGUUAUAAUAAACCUCAAGAGGAACAAGUUGCUUGGUUGGAAAAUUUGAUUGGACCCAUUGGAUUAAAAGCUCUCGAAAAAAUAACCUUUAAUAAUCAUAAUGAUGAAAUGACAAUUUCUAUUGUUCUUGAAAAAUUGGAUCAGUUUUUUAAUCCUGCAAAAAAUGAAAUUGAAGAAAGAUAUAAAUUUUUUUCAAAAACAAAAAAAGGAAACGAGUCCAUUGAUACAUUCAUUCGUGAUUUAACAGAUUUAGCAAAAUCUUGUAAUUUUGGCGAACAAAUGGAGAAUUUAAUUCGUGAUGCUGUGAUUCUUGAUAUAAAAGACAAUAAUCUUCGAAAACUUUUAUUUGAGGAGAAAAUGUUAACAAUUGAAAAAUUGAAAGUAAUUUAUAAAACAUAUGAAAUUAAUUCGGAAAAAAUAAAAGGUGUAUCUAAAUUGUUGGCAAAAACAACAGAUGAAACAAAAACUGUUAUUCCAAAUAUUAGAAGGCCAAGAUCAUUAUCAAGAAGACCAUUAUUGUCGAAAAAUUAUCCUCCAAAAAAUUUCACAAAAGGAUGUUGGAAAUGUGGACAAGUUCAUCCAAUAAAAUCUUGUCCUGCUUUUAAAUCCAUAUGCAUUUAUUGUGAUCAAAUAAAUCAUUUUUCAAAUCGUUGUCCUAUUGCGAAACUGGAUGAAAUUCAAAUUACAUCAAAAACAGAGCCUUCAGUUAAUAAAACCAUUUCUAAAUCAACGGAAGAUAUUACUGAAGCUGAAGUAUAAAAAAGGAAUCUUUUUUACUAUUUUAAUUUAAUGUUUUAUUUCAUUUAAUCGUAUUUAUAAAAAAGUUCAUUUGUUUUUUUUUAAUUUCUUUUUCCGAGGAGAGAUCUCCUUAAUAAACUUGAUAAAAUGUAAACGAAUAAAUCAAGUUGUUAACAUCUUUAAAUGAAAAAUAUUUUCAA